AUUGAUUUUUGGGGGGUUUAUUUCUGAUCACAAAGUUCCAGAAAAAUCUCAUGGUUUUCAAGGAUUCCAAGGAGCCAGUACAGUCCACGCACAAUGACCCUCAGACACUGGAUGCCCUUGCUGCUGUUCACUCUGUGUUUCCAUAUUGAGCCUGCUGCUUGUAAACCUGCAUGGAUGAUGCCGCAGUUCCCAUGUGACGUCAAAUCCGACAACACCUCAAGCGUCUUGUUUGACUGUAGAGGGCGCCACCUGUCAGAAGUCCCUCAUGGGAUAACGAGCAAUGCGACUGAUCUUAAAUUAUCAGAAAACUACCUUAAGAAUAUUUCUGCUGAUUCGUUUUCUGCCCUGCAGAAUCUGAGUCAACUCGACCUCAGCAGGGCAAACAAAAACAAAGGGCUGAUCAUCGCUGCAAAUACUUUCAAAAAUCUAACCAAACUACGUUCACUGAGACUGACAGGCAAUCGUCUCACUGAUAUUCCUGGCAAUAUCCCUUCGAGUGUGGAAAUCCUUGAUGUGCACUUCAACAACAUCCUGAGGUUGGACAACAGGAGUCUUGCUGGCUUAGCAAAUGUGACGCAGCUAUGGUCAUCGAGAAACUGCUUCUACAGGAAUCCUUGUGGGAAAGCCAUAACAGUCAUGGAUGGUAGCUUUGCUCUUAUGCCCAAACUGGAGAAACUGGACUUGUCCUUUAAUAACAUCACUAAAAUUCCCCAAGGGUUGCCAAGAUCAUUGAACUUCUUGCUGCUGGCAUCUAACCAAAUACAGUACAUUUCUGAGGAUGAUUUUUCUGGGCUCCCAAAUUUAAAAACUCUUUACAUACAAGGGAACUGUCAGAGAUGCCACAACGCUCCAUAUCCUUGCGUUCCUUGCCGAAACAUUUCCAUUGGCAUCCACCCUAAUGCUUUUCAUGGUUUAACUCAGCUUGAGUUACUGAGCCUGGCAGGAAACUCCCUGACCCACCUGAAUCCCUCCUGGUUUGAGAAGUUAAGGGAGCUUAAACAGCUAUUCCUGUCUUUUAACCUCUUAAUGAAUGAGAUAACCAAGGAGGCGACUUUUCUAACAUGCCUUCAGAAGCUGGAAAAAAUUGAUCUCUCUUUUAACUUUGCACACCAGUACUAUCCUUCACAUGUCAACCUUUCCAAAGAGUUUUCAAAUCUGGUGGCACUCAAAACUUUGCAUUUGGAGGGUUUGGUCUUUCAGAAUAUCGGGCCGGACACUCUCAGUCCUCUGUACAUGCUGAAAAAUCUGUCUGUGCUAAACUUAGGCACUAACUUCAUUAUUCACUCUGGUUCAAUGAUAUUUAAAAAAUUCUCCCACCUUAGAAUGAUCUACUUAGGGGAAAACAGGCUUUAUCCAAUGCCUGUGAGAGAUUCUCCAGAUCUAAGCAACAGAUAUCACCAAGGAUCGGACGUUUCCAUCCCACCACUCCUAGCACAGCAUCCAAAAGAUCAAGUUUAUGAGUUAACACACGGUCUUGUCAAACAAGAGUGCUUUGACUCUGGACGUGUCAUAGUCCUCAGCUCAAAUAAUCUCUUCUUCAUUACUCCAUGGCAGUUUGAGCAAUAUGGAAAUGUUUCGUGUCUCAACCUCUCAAGAAACGGCUUUUCUGCGGCACUCAAUGGAACGGAGUUCUCUCUGCUGCCUGAUCUGACGUACCUGGACCUGUCCUUCAAUAAGAUAGACCUAGCCUUUGACAACGCCUUUCAGGAACUGAAAAAACUACAAGUGCUAGAUCUCAGUUUUAAUUCUCACUACUUUAGAGCAUUUGGGGUAACUCUAAAUUUGAAUUUCACAAAAAAUCUGCCUGUUCUAAGAGUGUUGAACAUGAGUUAUAAUGCUAUUUCCACAUUAACGACAAAACGCAUAUGCAGCAAAUCUUUAACAGAACUUCGGUUUAGUAACAACAAUCUUGGCAAACUUUGGGAGGACAAGCUUGGCUCAUACAAGAAGCUUUUUACUGACCUUACUAAUUUGACUAUCUUAGAUAUAUCCCGCAAUAGCAUAAAAACAAUUCCAGGUGAUGUUUAUGAAUAUUUACCACGCAACCUCACAACGUUUCUCAUACACCAAAACAAACUCUCUCAUUUUCAAUGGGACAAACUGAAGUGGCUCCCUUGCCUUCAAACUUUAGACCUGAGCGGCAAUUUCUUAACUAAAGUGACAGGAUCAAACUUAAACAUCACAGAUACUUUGACUUUUCUUGACUUGAGUCAUAAUCACAUCUUCCAGUUGGAUCAUGGCUUUCUAAAGAGCGCAAAUACCCUGCAGAUUCUCAGUCUUAACAACAACAAACUGACCAUCAUCAAUCAAUCCACUUUCCAAUUUUGGCCUAAAAGUCAGAUUAAGACUUUGUUCUUGCAUAAAAACCCAUUCCAAUGUACGUGUGAUUCCCUAGAUUUCCUUCUGUGGAUGCAAAGCACGGAUGUAAAGAUCCCUAAACUGAGCACUGCAGUGUCAUGUGGCGCACCAGCAAACAGGAGGGGUCGUGCUUUGAUACACUUUGACAUCAAACAGUGUGUGGAUGACAGCAAGGCAUUUCUGAUAUAUAUCUUCACAUAUUGUUUCAUUAUUGUUUUCAUGUUUGUUGCAACAGUUACUCAAUUAUUUUACUGGGAUGCCUCAUAUAUCCUACACUAUAUGAGGGCUAAGUUUAAGGGGUACAGGUCUCUGAGCUCACCUGGCAGUGCUUAUGAUGUCUUUGUGAUGUACGACACCACAGAUCCACACGUGUCUGAGUGGGUGAUGAAGAACCUGCAAGUGAAACUGGAAGAGGAAGGCGAGAAGCAUCUUCCUCUGUGUCUAGAGGAAAGGGACUGGACCCCAGGAGUCCCGCUGGUGGACAACCUCACUCAGAGCAUCCGAUACAGUCGCAAGACCCUGUUUGUAUUAACAAAGAACUUUGUUAAGACCGGGACUUUUAAGCUGGCAAUGUAUCUGGCCCACCAGAGACUGCUUGAUGAAAAUGUGGAUGUGAUAGUGCUGCUGAUGCUGGAGCCCGUCCUGCAGCACUCUCCCUUCCUGCGCCUGAGGAAGCGGCUGUGUGGGAAAAGCGUGGUGGAGUGGCCGAGAACAGCUGCCGCAGAGCCGUGGUUCUGGCAGAACCUGAGGAGCGUGGUCAGAGUGGACAAUCAGGUGAUGUACAACAAGACUUAUUCAAAGUACUUCACCAACAACUGAAGAAAGGGCAAUCUGCUGGCCUUUGGGGGUGUGCCGUGAUAGCUGCAUGACUCUGUGAUGGAUUAUUUUGUGUAGAUUUCAUUAUCUGGCAAAGAAAAAGACAGACAAAACUUUCCAGAUCUUAUCUCCAAAGAGGAGAUAAAUGGGGCCAAAAUGGAUACACAGAAAUAAACACAGAAGAGGAAAAACAAAGGAAGUGGCUACAGACUACAACACAAGAACAUCAUGGAGGAUAAAAGUCCUCUCAGACAAACAUAAAACAGACAGUCACAGAGAAGUUUUAUGUCAUUAUUACAAAAUAAACUGUCUUCAUACUGUCAUUUUGUAU